GUCUACACUCCAGCACAACUGCUCAACUGUUGCACCCACCUCAUCCCAUGCCACCCCUGCCCCACCCAACCUUGCACGAGCUAGAGCAAUGACUGGUGGCCUGAGGACAGCACCCCCAGCGCGCUGACUUUGUCCGAGUUCGACGCUUCGCCACCCCAUGCAUCACCCACCUCCCAGGUGGUUGUCGUACAAUAUCAGAUCUGGCUACCUGUACUUAUCACAUCAGGUGGUUCGUUUAAUCGUCCGCUAGCAACCCGCGCUUGGCGGCCUCGCCAUUUAGGUAACGAACUCCACGUCUUCUCUUAGCGAGCCUUACCGCUUGAAGAAGCACAAUUCGCUUACUAGUACACAGUCGUGUUCCUCCUAACUCUAUCCAGCCCAAUCCCGUCGUUCCGCUUUCUGUUAUUCCCUCGCCUUUCGCUUUCGUCCGAAAUCUCCGUUUUCCCACAGCGUUUUCCUAGCAGCACCGCUGGCGCCGUUCCGCUGCCCCCUCACGCACCCUGCCUCUCCACCCCUUUCCUCGUACCCGUUAUUACUCAGAAGCCGCGCUCACAUGAAACGAACCCCCGGCCGCGGCGGCUCAGAUGGCGUGCCGCAAGGAUUUUCCGCCACGGCCGCCGCGUCCGCCGGCGUAGGAGGCGGAGGCGCCGGUGGAGUCUUUAGUUUCCGAGAUAGGCUACGAGGAAUGGGUCGAUCGCAAUUGGCGCUGCUCCUGGUGGUGGGGACUGCGGUGAUCGCGGCGCAUCUGGUGGUCUUCACAGUGAUCAUUCGUCGCAGCUUGCAGCAGUGCCGGCCGCUGGCAGAUUCUCAAGCCGGCUGGGUAGCCGGCGAUGCAGAGGCCGGCAGUGGUGGCUCCAGCAGCAGCAGCAGCAGAUUUAGCAGUAGUGGCGUUAGCAGCUUAGCGGGGAGUGUCAAUAUCGCGGAGACGGGCAGCAGCGGCGACGGCGUUGAGCGGGGCGAAGGAAAGAAACCGCCGAGAUUUAUCCUAUACCGCAUUAUAGGGAACAACAUGCCGCCGCUGCAAUGCCCUAGCCAGCUACUAUGGAAUACGCAGUACGCGUUGCGGCACGAGGGCGAGUUGGAGGGGUGCGAGAAGCGGUGGGUGAUCAACCAGAUCGUGAACCGCACGGAGCGGGCGCUGCUCAUCGACACGCUGCUCGCGCACGGCUACCCGCUCUCCCACAUCAUCAUCCGCCGCCUCAACCUCACCAAGAUAUCGCAGCACCCGCGCGAGCAGUGGCUGGACGUGGUGACGGCGCAGAACGAGGCCCGCAACGUCGCCAUCGACGACGGCGUGAGGGCGGGCGCGCGCUGGGUGCUGCCGCUGGACGGCAACCACUUCAUCACGCAGGAGGCGUGGGCCGCCAUCCGACGGUCCGCCGACCAGGCGGAGCAGAAAGGGUACAAGUACUUCAAGAUCCCAGUGCACCGUCUGUACGCGGAGCAGAAGCCAGCGUGGCUGCACGCCAACUCCACCUUCGCCACCAUCCGCCGCUACAUCCCUCAAAUGAUUGAGAGCCAGCUCGCGUUUCGGAGUGACGCUCCCGACAGGUUCAAGGCUGGCAUGGUGUACGGCAUGCAGAACAAGCUGGAGCUGCUGCAGCGGGCGUGUGGCGUGGCGGGGGAGGCGGGGUACGAGGAGCGGUGUGGGUGCGGCGACCUGGGCAAGGAGGGGCAGCUGCACCCCUCCGACCCCGCCAUCGCUGCCAACUGCGGCUACUCCCUGCGCCUCUGGUUCUUCCCCUGCAACGGCACCGAGCCCGACAAGGUGUUCAACAAUGGUCUAUACCGCAAGAGAUUGCGCACCAAGUCCCGGCAAACCAUGCACGCUGUAAUUAAGAACCUGAUGCGCCAUCCAAAUGUCUUCUACACAUGACAAGUGGUGGAUUUCCAGUGUUAAUUUGUUGUUAUUGCCUCCCAUGUGUCACUGUGCUAGUUCACGGUACAUGCCCCAACCUUUUGGCCAAACUAGAACGCAUCC